GAGGCUGCAUCGGCGCCACUACUGAGGCAGCUGACCAACGUACAGAGGGGCGCCUUGCGACGAGCAGGAACAGAUUGUCCACGAGGCCGAGUGGAUUGGCAGGUCUGCGCCAAAGUGUGCGCAGAAGUACGGCGUUCAAGAGGAACAGCUCACGCCGUACUGUGGUCGCCUCUUUGUUCACCGAAGUCGCCAACGAAGGGCUUUCCGCCGAUGCUACGGACAACAUCGAAGAGAUCGCGCACGCAAGGCUCCGAGGCCAGCAGCAGAAAGCUGGGCGGCGAGGUGCGCGAGCCCGCUGAGGCCGAGGAAGCGAGCGUUCAGCUCGAGCUCACCCAGGCAGAGGAGGAGAAUCGCUGGUUGCACGGCGAGCGCGACAGGAUGAGGCGAGAGAGCAACUUGCUGGCGGUAAGCAUUGGCGUGAACAUGGAGGCGGAG